GAGCGGCUGAAGUUGGGAGGAAGUGACGGGGGGAGUUUUGGGGGAAAGUUGUAGUUUGCGCUGCUGCCGGACACAAAACAAAUCCACUGAGAAACUGAACUACCGCUCGGGAGUCUCUGCUGGAUCUAAACCCGCUCUGAGUCCGGGUCUGAGGGGCGGUUGUGGGGUCUGGUGCUCUGCGGAGGGUCGGGGGGGGAUGCGGGGCAGUGAUUUGGGGGCUGUGGCGGCGGCGGCUGUUGUUGUGUGGUUGGGGGGAUCAGUGUAGAGAGUAGUCUGCUAGGCUGAGUUUAUUCAGGAGAGAUGGCUCAUUGUUGUGUAAAGUGAGCGGGGGGGAAGCGGCCUGUCUCCUCUUCUCUCUGUAAUGAACCCGCGGGGGCUCUCCGCCGCCUCUCCGCGAGCCUGGCUGGCCCUGGCCGCCGCGCUGCUGCUGCUGCUGCUGCUGUGGGUGAGCGGCGGCUCCGGCUCCGAGCUGCGGGUCCUGGUCCGCCUGAGCGACGGGCAGAUCACCCAGGAGGUUCUGGAGGCGGACAGCGAGAGGGACAUCAUCACCCUGGAGUUCAGACAGGCUGAUGGAGCUCUCAUCACAUUCCUGGCGGACUUCAGAAGGCAUGUGAAGGUCUUGCGGGCGCUGGUGCUGGGUGAGCCAGAGCGGGGCCAGACGCAGUACCAGUCCCUGUGUUUCAUCACCAGGCUGGAACAUGGAGAGAUCAUCCCCAGUGAAGCCAUGGUCAGGCUGAGACAGAAAAACCCUCAUGUUGUGCGGACAGCUGAGGAGAAGCAUGGCGUAGAGCGGACUACCCUGAAUGUGGCAGUGAACCUGACUUUAUCCUGGCACCUCAGCUCCCACAUUCGUAACGUGUGCAGAGAUGCCAGAGACUUCAUCUAUACACGCGAGCAAGACAUGAAACACUGGCUGGAAAAGGGUGUUGGGGGCUCCAUAUUUGAAGUUCUGUCUCAGAAGAUGGAGGGUCCAGGACUGCAAAGCUGCAGCUCCACUGCUGACCCGUGGCAGCCUUGCUUGUGCAGCUACUCUCUGAGGCUGGAGUGGUACCCGUGUAUGCUGAAGUUCUGCCGUGGUCACGGGCCCAGCCCUUACAAGUGUGGCAUCAGGAGCUGCAGCAAGGGCUACCGCUACGACUUCUACACACCACACAAGCAGCUCUGCAUGUGGGAUGAAGACAGCUAAUGCUGCCUACUGUUAAAAACAGAAUGACUUCACCCUUACCAGUGCGGCCCUGUUAGCACUGUAUGGAUGGGAUAAUGAUGACUGUUUACUUUUGUCCUUUGAAUUACUGUUGGUGCCUUCAGGAAACUUUGAGUGAUAAAUAUUCUUAUAAUAACUUGAUAGAUUUAAGGUGCCUUUAACAGUGUCUAUUUAAAGGCUAAUUUAUACUUACUUUACAUCUAAAAACAAGUAUGUCAAUUUUAAACCGAGGAACCUUUACUGCCCACAUUCUUGUGUCAUUUAUGAUGGCAUGGAUAUUAAGCAAUACUACUUCACUAGAGCAGUGUAACAAACAUGGCAAUGGUAAAGUAGCUUGUGAUGAUAUUUGAACUGCAACACAAAAAUUUAAAGUGGCAGCAGUGUACACAGCUAAAUCCAAGUUUUACCAUAAGUAUCAUAAGCUCAUAAGUAUCCUCUUUAUCAUGUCCAUAUGGCAGUGGUCGUGUUUUACUUGAACCACUGGCUACACUGCCCCCAUGAUAUCCAGUGGUACUACUCUAUGUUCCAUACAUAUCAAUAAGCUUUUAGAGAACGAGCACAAAUACGGACAAAAUUAACAUCUGUAUUUAGCGUUAAGUCUAAAUGAGCCCUAAGCAUGGCUACGUCUAAAAGAUGAUUUAGUAUUUUCGUUUUAACAUAAGCUUGUCUUAAUUAAAAAAGGCUACAGUAAUAAAAUAAUACAUGUGAUGAAAAAGAAAGAAAAAAGUCAUGCUGUUAUGUUAUCAAAGGAGUUUUUUUUUGUAUUGUUUUUUUUUCUCCAAUACUUUAAUGCGCUUGAAUUUGGAGUCCUUCCUGUCUUUAAGAUGGGGGGAUGAUGAAUUGUUCUGAUGUUCAGGGUUUUGACCAUGACUCAUAUAUCUUAAUGUGUUGACGCCCUUUGCCUACAAGCACAAAAGGAUAUUUUGACUUGAGCCAUUAAAGCUAAUUCUUUACCUUUUAUUCCCGCUGUCACUACUGUGUAGCCUCAGGGCAGGAAGUCAUAUGACCAUGUGGGUCAAAGUUUAAGUUGUGCCCUAGGGCAGAGAUAUUCCUACUUUUCUUAUGUUCUGUCUUAUUCUAAUUAUUGUUUAGAUUCCUGUUUAAAUGAUGUUUAAAAUGAUGGGCAUGUAUUUUUGUAUUAGCAUGUUUAAGCUCUCUUAUAGGGGAAUAACAUGUAUAGUGGAUUUUUCUUUUUUUUUGUCUUCUUUUUGAGUUUUAUAUCAUAAAACUUACAGGAGGUUUAAUGCCAUUAUGAGUAUCAGACCAUUUAAAACUUCAGAAUCUAGAAAAUUCCCUCUUCCAAAUCCAAAUUUAACAAUUUCAAGAUUAUCUGUUUUAGAAUAUUAGAAUCUAGAAAUUAAAGAUGUUUGUAGUUCAUAUUUUUUUUACAAUCUUCAAACCUCUCAAUUGAAGAAUAUGUAUUUUUUUUUUUUCAAAUUCACAAACAUUUCCAAAAAGCUCUAAAAAUGUACAAAUUCCAGAAUCUUUAGUUGUUAAAAAAAAACCCACAGAUUUUAGAAUCCAGAAACCAUUCGAUUUGAUUUCAUAAUCCAGAAUCUUCUCUAUUCUUGAAAAAUAAUUUUACAGUGUAAAAAAAUCUUUUUUGGAGAAAAUUCAGUGCCUUUAGAAUUUUGUAAAUAUCAAAAGGAAAACAAACUCUACUACUGAAUUCUAUUCAACUGUUCCUCAUAUUUGGCGAUUUUAUUAUUUUUUUUAAUUUAGAUUUUGAUUCAUGUUGACCAUGAGGUGUGAGAUUUCUUAGUUUUUUUAAGUAAUUUUUCUGAGUAAUUGUAGUAAUUCACACAUCAAACCUAGACUCUACUGUGAAGGUUCUAAUUAAUUCUACAGCUCUGGACUGUGUGUUCAAACCUGUCUUGCUUACAGUUUGAGGCGUGAAAUCCUUUUACAAAAGGAGCUACAGUGGCAGCUAAGACAGUGUCAGUGAUGGUUUUUGUGGUGUCUAUUUAUUGCUAAUAUAUUCAAGUGAUCCUAAAUGUGCAGCUCUCUGGACGGUUGAUCUCUAUAACCCUGACUAAUUGCCUCAUUUACAUUUCAAUGACCCUAUUAUGGAGAGUAGCGAUUUGGGUUGGUAUAUAGCAUACAGUACGGUGGUAUAGAUGCUGAUCGUGACAGGCAGAUAAAACUUUCCCACAAUGCAAUAUUGUUUUCGUGUGUGGGAUAUUGUUAGACGGUACUCUUCAGAUUCACAUUACUAUUUUAAUAGUCUAUUUGUAUUUAUUGAAACAGCAACCUUAAAGUGUCAGUAUCUUUACAGUACUCAGUAUAUUUACAUAAACACUACAUUUUAAAGGUAUUUAUAAUUUAUGACUGUUUGGUACUUAAUAACUUGUUUUCUGUCAUUAGGAUGUGUUUAUUUUUUUUGUUGUUUAAAAACACUUUCUGCUCAGGAUUCUCUUUGAUACAAAUGCAGCCAAAUGUAUGUGAUGCAACUAGAGGGUUUUGCCUUUUAACACUUAAUAAUGCAAUGUUUAUUGUAUAUAUAAUACACAAUAAUAACAUAUAAUACAUUAUACAUUAUGUUUGGGUUGUAGUUAUAUCAUUUUUGCCUUCAACGAUUUUGUUUUCAGUGAGUUACAGUAAGCCAAAUAUGAGAAUUAACAGGUACACAAAUAUACAGUGUGCACUACUAGUUUUACAGUGUAAAUAAAAAUGUAACUUUUUA